UAUCAUAGUGCGAACGUGUCAAGCCCACGCUACAUCGCGCAUGAAAGCCUGAACGCUGCCUUCACGUCGACCUAGUUCGUCAAGAUCUUCACCAACACAUACUGUUCAGUCGUCGCGCUGCGUUGUUGUAAUAGACUUGCCCUGAUAAUUCACGCAAGCCCGGUCUGUUUGCCCCGACGCUCCCUUGUCUCCCGACACCACCUCACUAGACCCGUGUCAUUCUCGACCGCCGCCAGGUCUUCACACUCGUUCCUCGCCCCACCUCCGAAAAUGCUUGGGUCUAUCGACUACUCGGUCAUCGUCCCCGCCUACAAAGAGGCGAGCAAUCUGCGCCCGCUCGUGACGCGCAUCUUCGCCGCGCUGAACCGCAUCGACUCGCCCGUGCCCGUGGGCCAGGUCGAGAUCAUUGUCGUCGACGACAACUCGCGCGACGGCUCCGUGGAGGUUGUUCAGGCGCUCCAACAGGAGGGCUACAAUGUUCGCAUCGUCGUCCGCACAACGGAGCGUGGCCUCAGUAGCGCGGUCGUGCGGGGCUUCCAGGAGGCGCAGGGGGAUAACAUGUUGUGUAUGGAUGCCGAUCUGCAGCACCCGCCAGAAUACGUUCCGCAAAUGCUCGCCUCCAUGUCUGAAACGAAACUCUUUGUGCUCGGGACACGGUAUGGCGGCGGAGCCGGCGCCGUAGACGAGGGCUGGCCUCUCUACCGUCGCAUCAUCUCCAACGGCGCGCGCAUGCUCGCCCUCCCCCUCACCACCGCCAGCGACCCCAUGUCCGGGUUCUUCGGCAUCCGAAAAGAAGCUUUCCUGAAAGCGAAGAACCUCAACGUGAGCGGCUUCAAGAUCGCACUGGAGCUCCUCGUGAAGGCGCAGAUCCACUCGAACGCGAUCGCGGAGGUGCCCUUCGCGUUUGGGCUGCGCGCGGCGGGCGAGAGCAAGCUCACAAGCAAGGUGAUGCGGCUCUACAUCGAGCAGCUGCUCGAGCUGUACUGGUACAGCUACAACGGCCUCAUCGCGUUCGCGUUCCUCCUCUUCCUCGCGCUCAUCUUUCUCGUUUGGCGGUAUUCUACCUCAAGCAGCAGCGAACCGAUGAUAGCGACGACGGUGCAGGGCGGCGGGCACGGGAGGGGCCAGUGAGCGCGGUUGCCGGACGGACAGAUGAGUUGUGUAUUAUGCGUAAUAUAUACCCCCUUUAUUGG